CUCGCUGCUCCCACGGAGCUUUCCACCCAGCAGAUUCCCCGAACCGUCCUCCGUGUGAGCCAGCAGGCUUCUCUGCGUGGAUCCCCCCCCCUCCCUCCCGUCCAUCAGACCCGGGGGGAGCGAUGCGACGUCCCGGAGGAGAGAGAAGAGGAGACCAAGCGGCCAGGCAGCAGCGCACACCUGAGAGGAGCAUCUGAGUUAGUUUCCAUUACAGAAAGGUCUUUUGCAGUCAUCACUAUGACUGAUGGGGAUUAUGACUACCUGAUAAAGCUCCUUGCCCUGGGGGACUCCGGCGUGGGGAAGACGACGUUCCUGUACCGCUACACGGACAACAAGUUCAACCCCAAGUUCAUCACCACAGUCGGCAUCGACUUCAGGGAAAAGAGAGUGGCCUACACAGCAUCAAACCCCAAUGGAACAGCCACAGGGAAAACCUUCAAGGUCCACCUUCAGCUGUGGGACACCGCGGGACAGGAGAGGUUUCGCAGCCUGACCACAGCGUUCUUCAGGGAUGCCAUGGGUUUCCUGCUGAUGUUUGACCUCACCAGCCAGCAGAGCUUUCUCAACGUCCGGAACUGGAUGAGCCAACUUCAGGCCAACGCCUACUGUGAGAACCCGGAUAUCGUGCUGGUCGGGAACAAGGCCGACCUGGCGGAUCAGAGGGAGGUUCAGGAGAAACAGGCCAAGGAGCUGGCUGACAAAUGUGGGAUCCCCUACUUUGAGACCAGUGCAGCGACCGGAGCGGAAGUGGACAAGGCGGUGAUAACUCUGCUGGAUCUGGUGAUGAAGAGGAUGGAGCAGUGCGUCGACAAACCACCGGCAGAUCCGGCCAACGGGAACGGUGCCGCCAAGCUCGGAGAGGGACAGCCCAACGAGAAGAGAUGCGCAUGCUAAAUCAGGAGACGCUCCUGGGCUGUCCGUCCUCUCUCCUCCUCACAUCCCGUCCAUCUUUUAUGUUUUUCCUACUCUGUCUGUUCUGAUAGCAUGUUUCUCCUCUUCAAUCCUGUUUAAAAAAAAAAAAAAAAAAAAAAAAUCAACAUGAGCCAUCUUCUCCUUUUGGCUCUUUAGAUCCAUUCCUGUCUGCAACUCUGACAAUGAACACACUUCAGCUCCCUCUAGUGGACAUUCGAGGCAACACAGCCUCGGCCUGUCAGCCUUGAGCAGGAAAUUCUAACAGGAGGAGACACUGUCAUCGCUGUCAGACACAUAAUGUGCCUCGCUGAAAACCUGCAGCCUGGGAAUUAAACUCUGCACGCUCCCUGUUUUUCUGUCUCUGCAGCCUAUUCUGAUCCUUUAAAAGCCCCAAACAGGCGAUUUGAGCUUCAAAUCCAACUUUUUACCUAUUCGUCUGCUCGUUACUUCACAGCAGGGAAAAGGUUGAACUUUGUGUCAAAUCUGGGCUGAACUGAGUUUAAUACCAGGCUGUUUGAAUAAAGCUUUUUUUUCUCCUGGACCACACUGAGGAUUAGUGGGACCAAUGUGUUUUAAUUAAAUUUCUUUGUUUCUCUGUGUUAUUAUGUGCUGGACUGUAUCAACCACGCAUUAGAGCUACCAGAGAAGCUUUGUUUUUAGACGUUUACUGAACGUGUGCCAAAUGUGUUUUAUAUUAACUGCCUUUGUUGGGAGUCUUUGACAUAAAAAUCGAGUGGCUCCAGCAGUGUUUCUAAACAUAAGACUGUCUUUUUGUGACUAAUUUCAUUUUAUUUAUUUUUUUAACUAAGCUUUUUGUUUUUUAAGCUAAUCUAUGGGUACUUUAAACAGCAUAUUUUAGCGUCAGGUGCAAUAAGCUGCCCUGAAAAAACUCCA